ACGGUAUUUUUCAAUCAUGACAUUAUUUUUCAUAUAUGAAAGUAAUAACUUCUAUUUCGGGAAGAAGAAAAAUUAAUCCUAUUUUGGAAUUACAGAUAUCAUUUUAUUCUAUUUUGGGCAAUUUCCCAAAUUUCAAAUAUAAAGUGCCGAUGUACUCUAUUAAAGGAAAACGAUACUGGACCAAUGGAAGUCAUCGUUUACUUUUAGCAACUGAUUCGAGUUCGAAACCGCUCUACGCAGGCCCAUUGGAAGCAUUUUUACUUGCGGGAGAUUUAAUAAAAAAAGUACUGCAGUAAUUUUUAAUCAACAAAGUGAAUUACUGCAAUUCAAAACUUAUUACCGCAGGCACCUCUAGGGCUCCGUAUUUAUCAUCUUCGUCGUUCGGAAUUCUGUUAUCUCCUUCCUCAUGAUAUCAAGGGAUGAUAGCUCAUCAACGGCGGCGCAACCUCGAUCGGAAUCGAAUUAUGCGUCGUCGAUCUCCAAAAUAGCGGUGGCGCAGAUAUGCGAAUCGGCGGGUUACGCGGCGGCGGAAGCCUCAGCGCUGGCAGUUCUGACGGACAUCGCAGGUCUUUACCUCAAAGCAAUCGCUAAAUCCGCCGCAUCAUCCGCCAACUCCAAAGGCCGUACGGAAUCGAACCUCCUCGAUGUCACGGCGGCGCUGGAGGAGUUAGGUUCAGUGCAAGGAUUCGCCGGCGCGUCGAGUACAGCGAGAAAUACGGUUUUGAAUUCUCCCGUGAUCAGAGAGCUCGAAAGGUUCGUAAUGUACACGGAGGAGACGCCGUUCGCGCAGCCGCUGCCUCCGAGGAAGGCAUUGUCAGGAAGAAAAACGAAACAGCCCAAACGCGGCGUCCUCCUCCGCGAGUAUAACGAAGGUAGGUUUAGGCAUGUUCCGAGGUGGUUACCAUCAAUGCCGGAAAUCGAGAAGGAUGUGAAGGGGGAGGAGAAAUUGGGAUUCGGUCCGAGAAUUGAAUCGGAAUCGGAGAGGCAAUCGGAAAACAACAACACCGUUAAACAGAGGGAAAAAGGAAACGGAUUAUUGGCCACAAAUAGAACUAAAGUAGGAUUUAAGCUUUCUGCGCGGCGGAAGUCUCCUUGUACGAAGAGUGGGGGAGUUUGCAGGGGAGGAAUUGGGAAGCGGGUUUCAUGUGAGAAUCACAGAGAUGAUGCAAGGAAGAGGAAGAAGACGAAUGAGAGCCUGGAGAUGUCGAUAUCCUUGAUUAACUCUAAAAAAAUCAAACUUGGCCAUCUUAAUUUAAGGCAUAUGUUGUGACGAAAAGAGAAGGAUGACUGUAAUUUAUUUUUGUGUCAUCAUAAUUUAAGGAAUAUGUUGUUUUUGUUAUCGUCCAUUCUUUUUUGGGGUUAAAAUAAAUAAAAUUAUCUUAUAAGGGG